AUGAUUUUGAUAUUUUUAUGCUUUUCGCUUCUUGGAGUUGCAUUCGGUGGAAACGAGGCUCAGCGCUGUGUGAAGAGUACGGAUUGCGCGCGCGAUUGGGAGUGCCAACACGGCUUUUGCACCGACACUAAACUCGUCACUAUUGCCGGAGACUGCCAGGAUCCAAACGAGGACUGGGUGGAAUGCGCCCGAACUUGCGAGCCAACGUGUUCAGAUACACAGCCAAAGUGUGAAAUUGACUGUUCACAUUCCGGUUGUGUCUGCCGAAAGAACUAUGUCCGAUCUUCAAAUGGUCAAUGUGUUCGCCAAAGUAAUUGCCCACCAAAAGCCUCAAAAUUGACAACAAACGAUCAUUGUAUCUUUGACAGUCAAUGCCCGAGCGGAUUUGCGUGUGGGCAUGGGUUUUGUAGCCCGUUUCCACAAGACACUUCGACGAAAUUCGAAUCGAUUUUUGGUUGCUCUACAACAAGCGAUUGCUCUGAUCGAGAAUUUUGUCGUUCACGAAAAUGCGUCAAAACCGGGCAACAAGAUGGACGACAGGGAGAGCAAUGCAGUGCUUCUUUUGAUUGUGAGUCGCCGUUGAACUGUGACCGAGGCGUUUGCAAGGCCGCCUUAAGCAGCUCGCCAUUUUCAGCACCUCACAGUCAAUCCACUGCAGGAGGAAUCGGCUCAAUGAGGGACGUUUUCCCUGGCGAAAGGCUUCGACGAAAAAGCGGCAUUGAGACCUAUCCAGAGAUGCUUGAUAAUGCACUUGUAGCCAUGUUCUUUUCAAAUUCUUGGUCUCCAGCCGGUCAACUCUUCUACCAACAAUUCAACAAACUCUUUAAAGAUUUGGAAAGACAGGGGAAAAAUCUAGAAGUUGUGUACAUUGGAGUAGAGGAUCAGAAUGAGCAAGAUUACAAACGAUUUGUUGAUCUUUUCCCUUCCUCGUGGAUCAUUUUACCAUAUCGCUGGGCGAAAACGAGGGAAGUGAUGGGGAAAUUUGGGGUCAAGGGAUUGCCACAUAUUCCAUUGUACAAAAGGGGACGGAUUGUUGUCGAUGACAAGAUAUUCGAGAAGACAUUCAUCGGUUGCCGAAAGGAUCGAGACUGUGAUGCGGGACUUCUUUGUGGUCGUUUCGGUCAUUGCGUCGAGAAAGACAAAGAAAAACGAGAAGAAGGAGAAGUCUGCGAGUGGACACAUCAAUGCGCGAACUUGAUGAUCUGCGCGAAUGCUGAGUGCAAAAAGAUUCGUCAC